GCCCUUUUCUUCUAAAUUCUGAUCUUCCUCUCGUCUUCUUCCUCUCUUCCUUCUUCAUCUUUCAGAGAAACAAGUGAGACUGAUGGGGAAAGUGAUAAGAAAAGAGAACUACCGCCGCCGCAUCAACAUCUGCGCCAUCCGCGGUCUGUCCCUGCUGGUUCCUCGUCCGGAAGCAGCGAUGCUCGGGACUCCAAUUCAAGAUCCAGAAGAUUCUUUUGUAGCCGAUGAAGCUAGGGAAUCUUUGUUUGAUUUCUAUGAUAUGCGAUUCCAACUCAAGGCUCGUCCUUCUGGUUUUCAAGCUCGAGUUACGCAGUUCAAUAGUAGAAAAUCCUUGUUCAAACCUCCUUCUGUGCUCUUGUUCGCCGCAUGUGACCAAAGUAAACAACAGAGCAUCUCAGUUUUGGUGCCAAAACCUUACAUUAGAGUGGCUCACAGCCGUGGAGUUCGGACUCUUGAUGGGGUGUCAUCCUCUUCUUGGAAAUUUUGAUGUCUCCGUCAACCAAUCAACAAGUUUAAGGCUUAGAGAAAAGAGUAAUGGUUGACGUUCAUGGAAAGAAUCAAGAACUCUUGGAUCUUACUGUAACUGAUACCAAUGGCUAUGCUGUAAGUCUAUUCAAUCAGCUGCCAGAAAGGUAGCUCUACCGGAGGAGUCAGCUAUACCUGUGGGUGCUCAAAGAGGCGAAGUACUACAGACAACACAGGUAGUAAUGAAUAUAUUUGACACUGCAACGCCGGGUCCUCUUGUAAUCCUCCAUAAUCACUCAUCAUUGACAUCUUUGAGAAGCUAGCUAACUCAUAAAUCUUCAAAGUGAUUCAAGGAGAACGAGUUGAGAUCCAAACAUUCAGGAGAUGGGAGCUUCUAGGAGACCUCUCCAAGCAUGUUAAUUGUGAAGCUACAAAGGCGAUAAUUCAAUUAUAUAGCUCUCGAUUGAAUUCAUUUCUAGUUAGGGUUUUUCUUAUAGGAGUAAGGGUUUAGGAUUAGCCUAUACAUUGUUCUCUGUUGUUAUUUGGAUGUAUAGACCUUUUAGUAGGCAAUGUCUAUGUAUAAAUAUUAAGAUGACUCAUUUGGA